AGAUUAGCAAUGGUUGCUGAAAUUGAUGACUCUGACGUGCCUUAUGAGGAAGAAGUGUUGAGGAAUUCCUACAAUGUCAAAUCCUGGAUGCGGUAUAUUGAACACAAAGCAAGUGGCCCCAAGAUCCCCUUGUACAUGGUGUACGAGAGAGCUUUGAAGGAACUUCCCUGUAGCUACAAGAUAUGGUACAAGUAUCUGUGUCUAAGAAGGAGGGGCACCAGGGGUAGAUGCAUUGAUGAUCCAGAAAUGAACAGAGUUACCAACUGUUAUGAGAGAGCUCUUGUCUUCCUUCACAAGAUGCCCAGAAUAUGGAUAGACUACUGUCAAUUCACAGUUGAUUUGAACUACAUUACCAAAGCAAGACACACACUUGACCGAGCCCUGCGCUCUCUUCCGAUCACCCAACACUGUCGGAUUUGGCCCAUAUACCUGAACUUUAUUAAAAAGCACACCAUUAAGGAGCAAGCACUCAGACUUUACAGACGGUACUUACAACUUGCUCCCGAUGAUGCUGAGAUAUUGAUUGAUUUUCUGUUGUCUGUGGAGCACCUUGACGAAGCAGCAGUUCUCUUAACCAAGUGUCUGAACAACGAAGAUUUCCAGUCGAAGAAAGGUCAGUCUAAGCAUCAGAUGUGGGUACAGUUGUGUCAGCUGUUGAGUGAGAAUCCCAACAAGAUCACGAGUAUCAAAGUGGAGCCUAUCAUUAGACAAGGACUUCAGCGAUUCACUGACAUGACAGGUAAACUGUGGAUAUCACUGGCAGACUACUACAUCAGAAAACACCAGUUUGACAAAGCACGUGAUAUUUACGAAGAGGCUGUGAAAACUGUGAUGACCGUCAGAGAUUUUGGCCAGGUGUUUGACGUGUAUGCGGAAUUUGAAGAACAACUGAUAACACUGAAGAUAGAAAACAGGAAUAAGAACGGCAAAACACCUGAUAAUGAAUUAGAUCUGCAGCUCAGACUCAGGCGAUUCGAAAAGUUGAUGCAGAGAAGACCACUCCUUCUCAACUCUGUUCUCCUCCGUCAGAACCCUCACAAUGUAGAUGAGUGGCUAAAACGUGUCUCUCUGUUUGAAGGGAAGCCGCGUGAGAUAGUUAACACCUACACAGAAGCGAUAAAGACAAUAGACCCGAAGCUCGCUACAGGCAAACUCAGCUCCCUUUGGAUUGAGUUCGCCAAAUUCUACGAGGACAACAAACAGCUGAAAGAAACUCGCGUUAUAUUCGACAAAGCGGUCCUCGUCCCAUUUGUCAAGGUGGACGAGUUGGCGGACGUGUGGUCUCACUACAUUGAGAUGGAGCUGCGCCACGAGUGCUACGACGAAGCGCUGAAGCACGUGCGCACCGCGACCACGCCUCCUCCCCACAAACCAAGCUACUUCGACCGCACGGAAUCAGUGCAGAACCGCGUCUACCGGAGCCUCAAACUGUGGUCAAUGUACGCAGAUCUGGAGGAGUCACUUGGAGACUUCACUACCACUAAAAACGUGUACUACAGAAUCCUAGAUUUGAGAAUCGCCUCCCCACAGGUCAUCCUCAACUUCGCGGGACUUCUCGAAGAGAAGAACUAUUUCGAGGAGUCCUUCAAGAUCUACGAACGGGGGAUAGGCAUGUUCAAAUGGCCACUUGUCUACGAUUUAUGGACUACGUAUCUGACUAAGUUCGUGACACGUUACGGAGGAGACAAGCUGGAGAGAGCACGUGACCUGUUUGAGCAGUCUCUGGACCAGUGUCCUGAGAAGUUUGCUAAGUCUAUAUUUCUGUUGUAUGCUAAGUUGGAGGAGGACUUCGGGUUAAAGAGACACGCCAUGGCGGUGUACAACAGGGCCACGCAAGCUGUGCUCAAGGAGGAGCAAGCGGAAAUGUUCCAGAUCUACAUAACCAGAGCAACAGCCUGUUUCGGAGUGACCCACACUCGUCAGAUAUACGAGCAAGCGUUGGAGACACUACCCGACACUGACGCUCGUGUCUUCGGACAGCGCUUUGCGGAACUGGAGACAAAACUUGGAGAGAUUGACCGGGCGCGCAGCAUCUACAUUCACACUUCACAAUUCGCAGAUCCUAGACAGUGCAGUGAAUUCUGGAGGCUAUGGCAGACAUUUGAAGUAGCGCACGGCAACGAGGACACAUGGGAGAUGCUGCGUAUCAAGCGGAGCGUGCGUGACAAGUACAGCACCCAGAGCAGCUUCAACCUGCCACCUGAUGCUGACACUACAACUGCGGCGGCGGCUGAUCCCAUGGCACAGUUACAGAAGGACGUACAGUUCGUCAGAGGAAAUGAACAGACCCAGGCAAGCACUGUACAGAACCCAGAUGAGAUAGCUCUUGAUGACGAUGACGAAGACGAAGACGAUGAAGAUGAAGAUGAUGAACAAGAAGAGGAAGAAGCAGGAGAAGAAGAAGGAGAAGAUGGUAUAGUGAAACAGUGUGUACCUGAUGAAGUUUUUGGGAAACUUGCAGAGCAAGUCAACCAAGACGAGGACGAACUGCAGUGAAAGUGGAAGUGAAAGUGGAAGUGAAAGUGAAAGUUAAAAUUUAUAAGCCCAUCAAUAUUUGACUGCCCUUUUAAGCUUUAAAUUAUUGCA